AUUUUAGUAAUCAAACCCACAUUCCUCAUCUAUCUUCGUUCCAAUUUGCCAUCAUUUUUGUCAAAUCAUAAGAUUUUUUUUCUUUCCUUGAUAUGGUGUCUUCAAAUCGGCUUAUACGCUAUACUCUACCAUCGAUCACAGAAUAAUCUCCAGUUUGACAUGUAACGACCACCAUUAGCUUGGGAACUUACGAAAUCAGAUAACCAAGAAGAAGUUCAUCAUUCAAAUUCAUCAGCCCUUCAUUGAACAAUAUACACGAUAUCAUAAGCACUCGAAGCCUUCUCUUCUUGAACAAGCCACGUGAAGACGAAUCGCUCGACCAUUCAACAUGCUGAAGUUAAUAUCCCUGCGGACAGUACUGAAGAUAUUCGGAGUUGUCAUGUUUGUCAUCGCUCUUCAUCUAACUAUUGAAGCUUACUCUCAAAGAAAAACGCAUGCCGAUUUCCAAUACAACCAAAAUAGUUUGACUGCCAAUGAACAAGAGAGAGAUGCAGGUGAUACGGAGAAAGUUCAGACUUCCCACGACAGGCAUGAUUAUUAUGAAUAUAUUCCAAUAUUGAAGAACCUCAAGCUCAGUUCCGAUGCCCUCAAAUUUGAGAGAACGAAUCGUGAGAUUAAGGGGGAACUGAACGAUGGUAGGCACAGUAAAUGGCUGGCAAAUGCUUUGAUAAGCAUGAAGCACAAUGUAACUUUCCAGGAAAACAGACUCUUGUACAAGAUACACAACUCAGUAAGCCAGAGGCAGAACCACAAAAGCCCGAACACAUGCGUCAUCAAAGUUCUCCAAUUAUGUAGGAAGAUGUGUAAACGAAUGAUCAAAGAAGAGAACAAAAGAUGGACGAAAUUUUACUGCAAAUUUUCAAACUGCCACUUUGAAACCAAGGUUGGUGACACACUCGAAGACAUUCAAGAGAGCGAUGUCGUAUUUCUCAUUCCAGAAAAACGGGAUUGGAAGUCGGUUAUUGAAUCUCGGCCAAAGGGACAACUCUGGGUUUUCCACUCAAAAGAAGCACCUAUUCAUACCCCGGAACAGUACCCACCUCCAGAAUUCGGGAAUCCAUAUAAUAUUUCAAUUAGCUACCUGUCGAGUGUAGAUAUUGCUCCGGCGUAUUACUACGUGGAUUCCCACAACUCAGAAAAAAGUCCUAUGGUUCUUCGAAAGAAGAAACUAAUGUAUUGGGCGUCAUCUAACUGCAAUCACACCAGCUGGGGAAGGACAAGAUUUGUACACGAGUUGGAGAAGUACUUGGACAUUGAUACAUUUGGUCUUUGCGGACGCUUGCAGUGCCUUCGCUACACGAAUGGCUGUUAUUCCAUCCAAUCGGAGUACAAAUUCAACCUCGCCUUGGAGAAUAGCCAAUGUCCAGAGUACAUCACGGAAAAGUUCUGGUACAAUGCACUUCUCACAGGUUCUGUUCCAAUAGUCUACGGACCUCCGAAGAAAGAUUACGAACGUCUUGCGCCGCCUCAUUCUUUCAUCCACUUUGACGACUUCAAGACGGUCCAGGAGUUUGUAGAUUACAUCAAUCUCCUGGAUCGCAACGAUGAACUGUACCUUGAAUACUUUGCAUGGCGGAGAGUCGGUCGAGUGGAGAAAUCUUCUACGAUGCUGACAACUCGUAUCCAGACUGGGGAUAGGUUGUGUUACAUUAUCAUGACGUUGCUCAAGAAGUCUUUGAGACCUGGCGAGUAUACAUGGCAGGAUGAACAUCCAAACUUCCAUGACUGGUGGACUGGACUGUGUCAGGAGGAAACCCAGAAGAAACGAAUUAUGGACAUUGAUACCUAAACAUGGAUAGGUUUCUUGCUCCUCAGCCUUAUCUUUAUUUGAUGUAAGAUUGAAUUAAUGUUUCAAGUCAAACUCAGCUCGGCAGUUUGAAAAAAAAUAUUGAAAAAAAAAUUUGGGUUAGACAUAAAUGGUUUCGUUCCUUCUACAUGUUCAGGGCAGUGUUUCAUGAAAAUCCAGUAAGAACUAAUUUAUCUCUCUUAAGUAAGGGUUUUGAUAUACACUAUCCUGAUGUGCGUUGAGUAGGGAAAUGAUGCAAGGCGUUCUCUCUCACACACACCUACAUCCACCCCCACCCAUUCUCUCCCUCACACACACACCCACACAUCUCCGUCUCUCUUUCUCUCAUAAUUCUUCAUUUUUAACCGAAUCAUUCUGAUUCGUGCUUCGAGAUUCGAAAUUUUAUUGAAAUCAGUAUCUGACUUCGACCGAUCAUGGCGAACUGAUGCAGUGAAACUCAAUUCUUCAACUAUCAUAGAAUGAUUUUUGGGGUUUGUGGUGUUUAAUAUAUUUUUAACACAUCAGUUGUUUCCAAAAUCAUGAUAGCUAAGUUUCGAUAUUCACAUUUCGACAAACAUAAUGACUUGAAAUAUAAUAUGGUAUCUAAACAUAAAAUUAUAUACUGUAUAUAUGCACGUUGUUAUGUUGUUGUUGGGGGGAUUCUAAAUAAAUUUAGCUAACUGGAAUCAUUACUCACUACUCUUACCUAGGCAGGAAAGAUGUACCUUGGAAAAUAAAUGUCUUGGUUUUACUUUUUUAAAGUAUAAUAUUACAGUAUUCAUCAUAAUUUUAGUAAUCAAUAAGUAUUCAAUAAAAUCUCCGAAAUAUUGAUAACCAUUUAUUUUGUUAAUUUGUUUGAAUAAGUGAUAUAUCUUACGUCAAAAAACCUAAUCGCAGAGGAGGAAAAUUCUUAGGAAGGUAAAAUAAAAAAAGGACCUGUAUUCCACCGACAUUGUUUUGCUCUGUGAAUUGUACAACUGCAAUACCCCCAAAACUGAGCCAAUGAAAAAAUAUUACCUAAAACCAAUACAAAGUAGAUAUAAGAUUACAAUAACAAUUCCUAUAAACAACCAAUUUGUGUUAUAUUAUUGUUAUUUCCUUUUGCAUCCGCUUGUGUGAGUUUAUAUAAAAGACGCACUGAAAUUUGAUAUAAUGAUACAAUGUUCUCAAUUAAAUAUCAAACUACUUCGUAAUUACUUAAGGCCUACAGGUGUAUUUUUGUAUCAAUCUUCAUUUCAUUCAUUCAGUAAAAUGAACAAUAUGAUUUUCGGUAGGAUAACCAUUAUACAGUACCUAACAUAUUGAAAUAUAAAAUAUGUCCAUACCAUACACUGGGUCUGAAAAUUGAUUCUUAACCUUACAUCUUAAAAUUGUUCAGGCUCAUAGGUUUAAGAAUCGUGCAUUUCAAGUUUUUCACAAUAAACAUUUGUAGUAUUUUCUUUUUAUUUUGAAUUAUUCUAAUAAAUUUGUGGAAAUAUACCAAAGCUAUAUAAGUCAUUUAUAAUGUAAAUCAGAGUGAAAAUGGUGAAAAAGAACGAUUUUCUUAAGACUUUAUUAUGACCAAUGGACAGGUGUUGAUGUAUCAAUAUUGAGAUCAGACCAACUCUCUUAAUAAAAUAUAUUGCGAAAGCAAGUUCCGCCCCCUUGA